AUGGCUUCGUUCGAAGAAGGUUUCUUAAAUUAUAAGCCACCUGUGCUUCCAGAUGAAUUAAGUCAUCUUCCGGAUCGAGUCUCCAAUAGUUUUGUUGGUAAAACCAUUUUUAUUACCGGUGGAUCGGGAUUUCUUGGAAAGGUUUUAGUCGAAAAGCUUUUAAGAAAAUGUCCAGACAUCGAAAGAAUUUAUUUGCUACUCCGAACAAAAAAAGGUAGCAAUCCUAAACAAAGAGUGGAAACUAUUUUUUCAUCUGUGUUAUUCGACUACCUAAAGGAAUUACGGGGUGUGGAAGUGAUAAAUAAAGUAUACCCGAUCGCCGGUGACGUGAGUGAACCAAAUUUAGCCAUCAACGAGUCGGACCGGCGUUUAUUGGCGGACACCGUGCAAAUCGUUUUUCAUGCCGCUGCCACCAUUCGGUUCGACGAGGCGUUGAARAAAGCCGUCUUGCUCAAUACUAGAGGCACGAAAAUGGUAUUGGAAUUGGCCAAGGAAAUGAAAAAUUUGCUGGUAUUUGUGCACGUGUCGACUUCUUACUGCCAUCUGGACGAAAAAGUGUUAUUCGAAAAAGCAUAUCCGCCGCCAACCGAUCCACAUAAAAUAAUCCAAAGCAUGGAAAUGUUGGACGAACCUUUUGUUGAAACGAUAUCUAAAGAGAUUCUUGGAAGUUUCCCAAACUCGUACGCUUUCACGAAAUGUCUUUCUGAACAUUUAGUGGUGGAGCAAAUUGAAGCCGGUUUGCCUUGUAUAAUCGCUCGUCCAUCCAUUGUCAUACCAAUAUGGAAGGAGCCUCUCCCAGGAUGGACAGACAAUAUCAAUGGACCGACGGGCUUGCUGAUAGGUGCCGGUAAAGGAGUUAUCCGCACAAUGUUCUGCCACAAUCAAGGUUACGCUGAUUAUCUACCAGUCGAUAUAACCGUGAAUGGUAUAUUACUGUUCACGUGGAAUUAUAUAGACAACAA